UACUCCUCGUCAACGCGAACAUGCAAGUAUUCGUGCACACGGUCGGUGUAUUGUCUAGUGUCUCGUCACAAGCCGUCAACCUGAGCUACUCAGAAUCCCCCAUUCAUCGGCUUCCCGUGGAACUUCUACAGCAUGUAUUCUUGCUCAUCAUCAAGGACGUACCAGACUAUCCUAGUAUUUUCUCAUUUGGAGGAACCACCAUCUCGGGAAAUUUUGCCCGCCCGCCACUACUCUUCACCAGGGUGUGCCGCCUUUGGCGAGCCGUCGCACAUUCGACGACAGGAAUCUGGUCGCACAUCAAAGUUGGACUUCCCACUGAGAGUUUCCCAUUAAAGCCAUUCCUUCCAUCACUGCUUCGGUCUUGGCUUGCUUGGUCUGGCAGUCAGCCUCUUACCAUUCGCAUGGAAUAUAUUUCCCCCUCAGUGCAUGGUCACUUUUGUCCCUCAAAUACUCAACUGCUCGAAAUACUUUUUGCUGAAACGACGCGUUGGGAAACAGUGUUCUGCAUGUUCGACGUAUUCGAACGGAGCGAGAACUUCAACGCACCCCAGUUGAGAACCCUGCAGUGUAACUGGCCAUCGGAUGUCACCAGAUUCAAUGCGCCAAACCUCCGUCGCAUACGUUUCGGUCCAUUGUCGGCUGUCAUUCGAUCUAGACCCACUGCUACCUGCAAAAAUAUACGUCAUCUCCGCAUCCAGAGCGCUCCAGUCGCCGUCAUACACUCCUCUUUAUCGUUUUUUCCUCACGUGGAGACCCUCGUGAUAGAUUAUUACAUUGCACCAAAUUCGGACUCUGGGAGCCACACAACCACAUACUCUUGCCUUGAAUCAAUGACUAUUCCCUUAUUCCAUUAUCAUUAUCAUCGUGAUCCUUUUAUCGAACUAUUCCGUGGACUUCGCCUUCCGAUGUUGCAGAAAUUGAAUGUGGUAGGGAAUCCAGACACACCAGAGGUGGAGGGCAUUAUAACGGCGCUUGCAGUUGCAGAGUCGUGCAAUAUACAAGUGGUAGACUUUCAGCCGCGUUUUUGGACGAAUGCGCGGCGGAACAACGUUUAUAUUCGUGUCGAGCCGUUGCUCUCAGUAGCGCGAGAGGUUGCUAUCUGCGGGGAAGUGGUAGCACGCAGGGCACUGGGCACUACAUAAUUUGGAACUUGUGGGGGACAGUUGGGGCAUUUUCCGUGCGUAGUUAUAACAUGAUUGAAGGGAUCUAAAUCUAUCUACUAGGAUAUCCAUAAUGCCGACUUGGGCCUGGAUAUCUGCUGCCAAGACCAUAGUACUAAUUGGCAAUUAAAAUGAGGUUCUAGGCUUGAUUUAAUGGCCCUGGGCCUGACUCAUCCCUUCAAAGUCGUACAGCGGCGUUAUGGGCGCAGUGAGCGGUCCAAUGA